AUGAUCCCAACGUUCCGUCGCAAGCCAACGCAAUCGGCACAGCCAGGCCAACCUGCCGCCGCUCCCACGGGCCCCCGCAAGACAAACCUGUUCCCUGUUGCUGACAGUAUGCCGCAGAGCAGCGCUGGAUCUGCUUCUUCGGAGGGGGGCCUCGCUCGCGUUCCAGGAUCGGAAAACGCCUUUCCGACUGGCGUGCAACCGGGAUCAACGCCAUUUGCAUCCACGCUCGUCCCGCGCGUUCCAGUCACGAAUCCUGACUGGAGUAUGUCUGAACUGCACGACGGAGCCCAAGCGACGCCGGCUUCCAAGUCGUGGGGCGCUCCGGCGGGAUUGGCGUUAAACCAGUUUCCCGCCAAAUCUGGUUCGACAACUGCUGCGACUCAGUCAGCGUUCCAGCGGUACACUGCUCCGUCGUCUUUGCAAAGCACUGGAGGUCGCGCAAAGACAAACCAGGCGGCGAGUCCUGCCAAGCGAGGCCAAACCAACCAGGCCGCCGAGAACGACUCUACUCCUCCAAAGAAGCCACCCCAAGUCGCAUCCCGCCCUGCGGCAUUCGUCAAAAUGAAUAGUGCAGGCAUUUCCACAGGGCACGCGUCGAGCUUGAUUGCUGCGGCACCACUGCCAGCUCCCUCGCGCAAGCCGGUUGCGCUUCAGGGCGACCCUGUCUUUGACACUUCCAGUAGUACUUUGCCGGCAGCUGGAAGCUGGAAACGGCCCCACACCGUUGUGCACAACCCGCCAUCUAACUCGUUUGGAUUCGAUGAGCAGGCCUGGGCGCAACCCGUCAAACCAGCCCACUCCCAGCAACAACAACAGCAGCAGCAGCAGCAGGAUGCCAUGGUUCCACACGCCACCACCUCGUCCACGCUUGCCGCUCAGAUCCCUGACAUUCGAGAGCGUACACCUCGCUCCCGCAUGAAAAUUUGGACCGUCACAGCAAACGAGAUUGAAGCUCUGUGGCAGCAAGCACAGCCGCUGCUUCAUAGCGGGUGGCUGUUCCUCGAGCUUUACGGCAUCGCCGUCCCUCCCGCGCAGCUGAUCAGUCAUCCCCAGUUUCCGCACUGCAAAGAGUUUACACUCACGGAUGUACUUGCACAAGGCGGCCGCUACACGCCCUUCAAGUACUUGUGCAUGUACUGGGAGAUUGAGGACUCUCUGGAUUCCCUUUUGCCAAACAUCUGCUACCGAGUCAUUGGAGUCGUGCGCGAUAGCAAUCUCGUGCAAUGCGUCAACAUUCGCAUUGCCCUUCCCAACGAAGAGGAGCGUGCUCGAGCCCGCCAUGUUCCUCUGGCAACUUUGCUUGCGACACAUUCCCUAAACACUCCAUUGCCCUACAUCCUGCAAUACGGGUUUGGUCACCGCAUGAUGAAAGGAAUACUUGUGCAGUUUGUGACCGUGAACGAUACCAUAUUGCGGUAA